CCUCGAAGUUUCUAGUGUCUUCUCUGACGAAACGAAGUCCCUUCUCCCUUCAUAAUACGGAAUGACAGUCAAUGGACCUUUUUCCUGUAACCCCUCCUUGCUGUAACGUCGCGAGUGCCUGUGCUUGACGCGUCAAAAUGAACGUCCACGAAGUGCACGCUUUGACACGCCACCAGCAAGAACUGAUCAAGGUGCGCGAGAUCUCGAGGCACGCGGACUCGUUGGAGCGAAUCCACGAGGAACAGAUGCGGAGGGUCUACGACGCCCUUGACAAGAGAAUGAAAUGUGCCAAACGCUGGGGCGCUGUUGUAACCAAGAUCAAUGAGAUUAAGCAGAGCACAUCUACUGCUGAUAUGGCGAAACAGAUCGCCAGCCUCGUCGCUAGCGAGCGAGAGGAAGAUAACAAGCCGGAGCCAGCGCGAACGUCAGAAGACGAGACAGUCCCUGCCGCCAUUUCGAUAGUCGAGACGCUGAUCUCGCCAUCGGCUCCCCAGCAUGUGUUCUCACUCUCCACAAAGGCAGCAGGAGAUGGCGGCGUGUCGCCACAUGCCACUCCUAACCUGGAUCGUCAAUCCCUGAAAGUGUCGUUCAGUUCGCCCCUCUCGAUCGAGCAUCCAAUUACUCCGAAUUCAGCUUAUCCACCGACCUUGAAAUCGCCGAGCAUCCACCACCUCAACGCCCUUCUUCGGCGUCCCGCUUCCUCGGAUAUCUCCAGCUCUGAUGAUUCAGACGAUUUGACAGAUCUCAAUUCUGAUCUUGAUGACGAUGGCAUACUUCCUCCUAUUACUCCCUUGAGCCUAUCCCCAUCUAUUAAGCCACGGAAUCUCCCUCAGGAGAAUGUGCGAGAAGACAACCCCAUUCAACAAGAUGAAAGCACUCUGAAAGCGACAUAUACUGAUGUCAAAGGCACCAUCCAACAGCUUGUGCCACAACCCAUCAACGCGCAGCCUUUCACUUUAGCAGAGGUUGGGAUCCUGUCCAAGCCUGUCGCUCGCGCACUUGGAGCAAGAAAAACAUUGUUAACGGACAUGCUCGCGAAAUACAGAACGCUCAAACAGGAGACACCGGAAGAUGAUGUCCUGGAACUCAGCGAUUAUGAUAGCAACGACGAUGCGUCGUCUUAUGCUGAUUCACUGGAUGACGAGGAUGUUGAUGCCACAUUUGAGGUACCUGAUGCAAAGGAAUUUCUGGGAGGAAUAGGGAAUCCAAACCGUAUUAGGGGAGUCCGCCGCAUUCCCUCGAUGAAGGAGAUUGUUGUGUGAACCAGUGUGUUGUGAGACCGCCAUCUAUUUGUACAUAUACAGUGAUCCAAAGCAAUCGUUGCUGUUUUGCUCUGC